AAAAAAAUUUUGAUGGCAGAAUGUCGCGUCACGUGAUCGUUUGAUCUGGGAGGUCCCUUUUGUGUGUGUGUGGUGGGUGGUAUUGGGGCAAGUUAGGUGGCCAGGUUCUCUGUCACGAGCACGUACUACAUUCAGGUGCUAUCGCAUGUACCCACUGGAGCCAGCUCAAGAUGCCACGCGUACACUUCUUGGAUGGGGAUCGCGAUCACGUGCCCACCCUGAAUCCACGGCUGUUGGGUGCAUGUACCUGUUGGCAUGGUUGGGAUACCUGAGACUGGGGUCGAAAAUGGGCGUUCCAAGCGUGAGGUGUAUAUUGGGGGCUAUAUUCCCCGAGGAUGUCGGCGGCGCAUCACAUGCAAAAUUUUGACCUCAGCAGAUUUCAUCUUAAUAUGUAUGAGCACCAUUUCCCUAUAAGGUGAUUCUGAAUCGAGAACAUGUU